CGAUACUGACCUAUCGAUACUCGAUCAAGACCUAUCGUCAAAAUGUCGCGAGCAACAUGCUUGUUCGCUAUUUUACUUCUUGCGAGUACCGCAAUUGCUGAGAUACGUAAUAAAGGAUGGUGGAAAAAUGCAGUAUUCUAUCAGAUUUAUCCCCGAAGUUUCAUGGAUUCGAAUAACGAUGGCGUAGGCGAUUUAAAAGGAAUAACAUCGAAACUGCAGCAUUUUCUAAACUCCGGAAUUACUGGCAUUUGGCUAUCGCCGAUUUACGCAAGUCCGAUGGUAGAUUUCGGAUAUGACAUUUCCGAUUUUAAAGAUGUCGAUCCGACAUUUGGUACGAUGCGAGAUUUAGAGGAAUUAAUUGCUCAAGCGAAGAAACUUGGCAUAAAGGUGAUUUUGGAUUUGGUUCCAAAUCACACUUCUGAUAAGCACGAAUGGUUUAGAAAAAGUCUUAUCGACGAAGGCAAAUACAAGGAUUAUUAUGUAUGGAGAACCGGUAAGAAUAAUAAUCAAUCACCGCCCAAUAAUUGGAUCAGCGUAUUUAGCGGCCCAGCUUGGAGUUUUAGUCCGAGUCGUAAUCAAUGGUACUUUCAUCAAUUUGAAUAUAGGCAACCCGAUCUGAAUUAUAGUAAUCCCGAAGUGCGAGCUGAAAUGGAAGAUGUGAUCAGAUUCUGGCUACGAAAAGGUAUUGAUGGAUUUCGUGUGGAUGCUGUUCCGCAUUUGUUCGAAGAUGCGAAUCUUUCAAAUGAACCCAGAAGUUAUGCACCAGGAGCUACUGAGCGCGAUUAUACGUACUUAGAGCAUAUUUACACUAAAGACGAUCCACGCACAUAUGUCUUGGUGGCAAGUUGGCGGGAAGUCUUGGACGAUUAUGCGAAUUAUCAUAACGAGGAUGAAAAAGUGAUGAUGACUGAAGCUUAUACUAGUUUGGAGAAUACUACGAAAUAUUAUAAAUUUGGUUCACACGUGCCUUUCAACUUCAAGUUUAUUACGGAUGUAAAUAAUCUUUCCAAAGCGAUAGACUUUAAACGCAUUAUCGAUGACUGGAUAUCUCAAAUGCCCAAUGGUGGGAUCCCAAAUUGGGUAAUGGGAAAUCAUGAUCGCAGUAGAACUGCGUCUCGUUAUCCUGGAAGAGGAGAUCAAAUGAUAAUGUUAGAGAUGAUUCUACCCGGCAUCGCAAUUACUUACAAUGGCGAAGAAAUCGGCAUGCUUGAUAAGCGGGAUAUAUCUUGGGAGGACACGCAGGAUCCUCAAGCUUGCAAUGCUGGAAGAGACAAAUAUCAAAAUCAAUCGCGCGAUCCCAAUCGCACGCCAUUUCAAUGGGAUGCUACAAAGAAUGCUGGUUUUAGUAAAGCUAAUCACACGUGGCUUCCUGUACAUGAGAACUAUAUCGAAUUAAAUUUAGCAAAGCAAAAAAUUGCUAAUCAUUGUCAUUUUAAUUUCUAUACGUUUAUUAUCGAAAAACAUUAAUGCCAAAGUAAUGUAAGCCAAGUAUACGAACAAUGGCAAAAUUUGAAGCUUUGUUCUCUGAUGUUAUCAGGAAUAACUUUAAAGUUGCCCUACAUUGCGAAAACUGGCAUCAACGCAAUCUGGCUGUCACCCAUAUAUCCAAGUCCUAUGGUCGAUUUCGGAUAUGAUAUAUCCAAUUUUACGGGUAUCGAUCCAGUUUUUGGCACAAUGGAAGAUUUCAAGGAUCUCUUGGUGAAAGCUAAGAAACUCGGUUUAAAAGUGGUUCUCGAUCUCGUACCUAAUCAUUCAUCUGACAAGCACCCAUGGUUCCAAAAGGGUCUUCAAGGCAAUGAGAAAUAUAAGAAUUAUUAUAUGUGGGCAGAUGGUAAAGAUAAAGACGAUAAAACGCCGCCUAAUAAUUGGAUCAGUGUGUUUAGUGGCUCAGCGUGGGAGUAUGUGGAUUCGCAAAAACAAUGGUAUUUUCAUCAAUUCGAUUAUAGACAGCCUGAUUUGAACUUCUCAAAUCCUGAUGUGAGAGACGAGAUGAAAAAUGUAUUGAAAUUCUGGUUGGAUUUGGGUAUAGACGGAUUCCGCAUCGAUUCCGCCUCGUUUAUGUAUGAAGAUCCAGAAUUGAGAGAUGAGCCCAGAAGUUAUGCGGCCGAUGCCACACCGCGAGAUUAUACGUAUUUGGAUCACAUUUACACCUUUGAUCAAAAAUCUACUUAUGAGCUAUUCGGAGAUUGGCGAAAAUACGUAGAUGAAUAUACUGACAAGCACAAUCAAGAUCAGAAGAUGAUGAUGAUGGAGGCGUAUACCAGUUUCCCGCAUACCAUGGAAUAUUAUAACUAUAAUGUGACG